GAGUAGUUAGUUAUAUAUAGUCAAUGGCAAUUGCAGCGGCAACCUCAUCGCCCACCAUGAGCCUGAGCCAUAGCCACAGCCAUGAUGAUGACUCCACCACCAACGACGUCAACGUGAACGAUACAAAGCCAGAUGAGCAUGAGCACGACAUGGUCAUGCCCGGGUUUCGGUUCCACCCAACUGAAGAAGAGCUCGUUGAGUUCUACCUUCGCCGUAAGGUGGAGGGCAAGCGUUUCAACGUUGAGCUCAUUACUUUUCUUGAUCUUUAUCGCUAUGACCCUUGGGAGCUUCCUGCGUUGGCAGCUAUUGGUGAAAAGGAAUGGUACUUUUAUGUGCCUAGAGAUAGAAAGUAUCGCAACGGUGAUCGUCCAAAUCGUGUUACUACCUCUGGGUAUUGGAAGGCAACGGGAGCUGAUAGGAUGAUUCGAACCGAGCACUUUCGAUCAAUCGGGUUGAAGAAAACCCUAGUUUUCUACUCUGGAAAAGCUCCUAAAGGCAUCCGCACCAGUUGGAUUAUGAAUGAGUAUCGCUUGCCACAACAUGAAACUGAACGAUAUCAAAAGGGUGAGAUAUCGCUUUGCCGGGUAUACAAGAGAGCUGGAGUAGAAGACCAUCCCUCCCUCCCUCGUUGUCUCCCAACAAGGCCAUCCUUAUCGAGAGGUUCACAUUCAGAAAAGAAUAAGCAUAAUGAAAUGGUUCAACAGAACAUGGGAUUUGUUGGACAAUCAAAACCAAUGGAUCAAAUAGUUGACAAAAUGAAUGAAGCGGAGGGAAGCAGCAGUGCUGGUUCAGAUGUGUCAACAGCUCUUGGACUUUCAAAGUACAAUGCUUACCGUGCUGCUAUGGGUGCACUUAGCACAACAAUGGGACUACCUUUAGUUCCAAUGGAUCAGGAGGAAGGGCUGAUGAUGAUGCAGCAAUCUAAACAAGUGCAUGUAGCCACCUCUUUAAUCCCCGCUUGUGGAGCAUUCUUCCCAGCUGGCCCUUCUUCCGCGUCUUCAAACAGUGCAAUGAUGGAUGAUCUCAAUAGGCUAGUGAGUUAUCAACAGCAGUACAACAAUGUUCAAAGCCAUCCUAAUCAGUUCUCUAGUUUGCUGAUGCAACAAGCACCAAUUUCUCUCAACUCGCUACCAAAUCCACUUCCAACCACCUUCUCUGACCGACUCUGGGAGUGGAAUCCAAUCCCUGAGGCAAGCCAAGACUACACCAACAUCUCCUUCAAGUAAUCACUCAUUUAUAUAUAUAUAUAUAUAUAUAUAUAUAUAUAUAUAUAUAUAU